AUGCCACUGAUUACCAAACCAGAGGACCUCAAUGGCUAUCGAUUGUUUGUAUACCAAAGGGUUCAAGGAAAGUAUAUUGAAGAUGUGAUCAAAUGUGGGAAAGAGAGAUUUCGAACAGAAAUGCAAUCGUCGAAUAAAAACAAGAAGGAAAAAUUCGGUGAAAUCUUACUACGUUAUUUGGAAGUUGAAUCAAGAAUAAUUGAUUCUCAAAAAACGGCGGCUGAAGACAUCUUAUCCCAAAAACCCAUAUUUUCUUCACGAGAACGUUACAAUUCUGGAGAAGCACGAAGAGCUGAUCAUGAAGAUCUCCUUAGAAACUUCCAACGUGCCUUGAUUGAAAUGAAGCAACAAUACAGUCAGUUGAAAAACAUUCUGACAGAAAAAGAAUUUGACAUGUCGAAAAGCUUGAGGAACAUUUUGAUACUGUUGGCUUAUCAUAUGUUCUUAUGCCGUUACAUCCAAAACAGAAUUUGUUGGACUUUAAAGGAGUACAAAAAUGAGAUUUUGACAAUUGUAUGUCCCGAGUGGGUCCUGGAACUUCUAGUUGAACUUGAGACAAACUCACAAUCGUUUUCUGAAGAAACGAAAGCUCGUUUUCAUUCGGACUGUAUUCAAUUCGAAACAAUAAUUGAUAGUAUUCCAUACAAUGACAUGUUAUCGGAAUUCGAAGAUCAUCCCGAUUCUGAGAAAGUUGAGGAAGGAGCAAGUGUUUCAGAGGAAAUCGAGAAAGCAACUAUAACUGAAAUCGUGUCUGAAAAAGUGGAGAAACCGACAGUUUCUGAGAGAGUGCAGAAAGGAUACGUUUCUGAGAAAGUUGAGGAAGGAGACUCUUCUGAGGGACUGGAAGAAGCAACUGUCUCAGAGGAAAUGGAGAGAGCAACUAUAACUGAGAUUCUUUCUGAGAAGGAUCCUUCAUCUAAACCUAGUGAAAAGGAAGAAAAACAGAAAAAGGAAAGAGAAGAAGUUAUGAAGAGAAUGAUGUUAAGCAUGCAACAAAUAUCUGAGGCCAAUCAAUUGAGAGACAGUGAGGAAACACCAUGGAUGCCACUGAUUACGAAACCAAAGGACCUCAAUGGCUAUCGAUUGUUUGUAUACCAAAAGGUUCAAGGAAAGUAUAUUGAAGAUGUGAUCAAAUGUGGGAAAGAAAGAUUUCGAACAGAAAUGCAAUCGUCGAAUAAAAACAAGAAGGAAAAAUUCGGUGAAAUCUUACUACGUUAUUUGGAAGUUGAAUCAAGAGUAAUUGGCUAUCAAAAAACGACAACUGAAGACAUCCUAUCCAAGAAACCCUUCUUUUCUUCACGAGAACGUUACAACUCUGGAGAAGAACGUAGAGCAGAUCAUAGAAAUCUCAUUAGAAAUUUCCAACAUGCCUUGAUUGAAAUGAAGCAACAAUACAGCCAGUUGAAAAACAUUCUGACAGAAGAAGAAUUCGACAAGUCGAAAAACUUGAGGAACAUUUUAAUAUUGUUGGCUUAUCUUAUGUUUUCGUGUCAGAACGUCUGCGAAAGUCGUUAUUUUGAUAUGGAGGAGCACGAAGACAAGAUUCCAACCAUAACUUGCCAUGCGUGGGUCCUGGAAUUUCUAAUCGAACUGGAGACAAACUCGCAGUUGUCUCCAGAAGAAACGAAAGCUCGUUUUCAUUCGGACUGCAUUCAAUUCGAAAAAAUAAUUGAUAGUGUUGAAGACGACUGA